CCUGUUCCACCUGUCCUACCAACGUCGCGCUCCACAUUUUAUUCAAAUUAGCCAGGUUUAGUAGAACUGGCUUCCGCUUGUACAGCUCAGCAUAGAGCGCAAGGGUCAGCUCUUGGAACCAUCUCUCUCUCCUUCAGCCCCAGGGACCAGGUCUGACAGGGAAUCCCUGUCCCUAAAUGAAUAGCAGCCUGGCAAAGAAGAUGCAAUAGUCGCCAUUCCUAGAACCUACACACCAAGCACAACACCAUGAACAGCGAGGAGGAGUUCUACGAUGCCGAAACAGAAGUGGCACAGGGGACACCUGGGAAAACAAAUGAAGAUGGUGGCAUAACACUCAGCAAACAGUACCCCCGGCUGGCACCAGUAGGCUUGGACUCGGAUAAUUCCUCCGGAGAGUACACAGACACAAACCAAAGAAGCUCCCAGAUGACUCUCACCAACCAGCACGCAUCUGCAGAUGGGGAUAGAGGAGUGCAGGAGAAUGGGUUCAAGAAACACCGCACCACGCUGCCAGCCCCUAUGAUCCCCAGGAAUAACUUCAGUGUUUGGAGCAUAUUGAAGAAAUGCAUUGGGCUGGAGCUGUCGAAAAUCACGAUGCCGAUUGUCUUCAACGAGCCCUUGAGUUUCCUGCAGAGAAUCACAGAAUUCAUGGAGCAUACGUACAUGAUUAACAAGGCAUGUACCCAAACAGACCCGAUUCUUCGCAUGCAGUGUGUCGCCGCCUUUGCUGUCUCCGCAGUAGCGUCACAGUGGGAGCGAACAGGGAAACCAUUUAACCCACUGCUGGGAGAAACCUUUGAGUUAAUAAGGGAUGAUCUAGGCUUCCAAUUCAUCUCUGAACAAGUGAGCCAUCACCCGCCAGUCAGUGCCUUCCAUGCCGAAGGUCUCAACAAGGACUUUAUUUUUCAUGGUUCAAUCUAUCCCAAGUUAAAGUUUUGGGGAAAGAGUGUGGAAGCUGAACCCCGAGGCACCAUAACUCUGGAGCUGCUGAAGCACAAAGAAGCGUACACUUGGACAAACCCCACAUGCUGCGUGCACAAUGUCAUUAUUGGCAAGCUGUGGAUCGAGCAGUAUGGGACAGUAGAGAUCAUAAACCACAGUACUGGAGACAAGUGCCUACUUAAUUUUAAGCCCUGUGGCCUGUUUGGGAAGGAGCUGCAUCGAGUAGAAGGAUAUAUCCAGGAUAAAAACAAGAAAAAACUGUGUAUGAUCUACGGGAAGUGGACAGAAUGUUUAUGGAGCGUGGAUCCUGCAACGUUUGAAUCCUUUAAAAAAGAUAAGAAAGGUGUGGAGCAUAAAAAACCCAAACAGAAUGAAGAGGAGAUAAAGACUGAAAAUGAUGAAGCCGAUGAUAUGCCAGAGAUUCAGGAGACAGUGCAAGUCAUACCUGGGAGUAAAUUGUUAUGGAGAAUCACAAGUCGGCCCUCUAAUUCAGUGCAGAUGUAUAAUUUUACCCACUUUGCUGUGUCCCUAAAUGAGUUGGAUAAAGACAUGAAGGGCAUUCUGGCUCCCACUGACUGCCGCCUGCGUCCUGACAUUAAGGGCAUGGAAAAUGGUGACAUGGAUCUGGCAGGGAAUGAGAAGGAGAGGUUAGAAGAGAAGCAGAGAGCUUCCCGCAGAGAGAGAGCUAAAAAUAAUGAGGAAUGGCAGACACGGUGGUUCACGCAGGGCAACAACCCCCACACAAAAACGUCCGACUGGAUUUACACAGGAGGAUACUUCGAUAGAAAUUUCACAGACUGUCCUGACAUUUAUUGACCCUCCUGUAACCCCCGAUGGACACUGUUUUCACCCUCGAGAUUUAGCUACCUUUUCAUUUGGACAUCUGCACCUGAGCGACCACUUGCCCACUGUGUCUGCGCGAGAGCGGCCCCCGCCAGCGAAUACCCUUUCCUGUGUGCAUUCACGGAAACGCCAUCGCCUUCCAGUCAGGGAUUUUGUUCUGCAGUUACUUUAUUUGCCAAAUAUGGGAAUAACUGAAUAUGUAUAAAAUGGCGUGCGUGUGUGUGAACAUAAUUAGAUCUAUAUACAUGCAAGCAGCUUGAAAAGGACUCCCAACCCAAAUCAUCAAGCUUUAAUUAUUGAACAGGAAACAUGCUUUACUUUAUAAGUCUGAUUUAACCAUGUUCCCCUUUAAAUAGACAGUGGCAUCCGAUUCUUUACCCCAGGGUUGUGGGUGAUAAGGAAGGGGGCAAAGUGUAGUUUGAAUUGGUCACCGGUUACACCCGCCCUGCAGAAAUACCCUUGAUCUGGGGGAAGAACCUUCUCCGGGUGCUGCCACGUCAGACUGCAGACUCAUACUUGGCAGUUUCCAUUGUUUGAAUUUUAUGCAUAAAGGUGUAAAGUAUCACUGUGCAAAGAGAUGAAGGUAUAUGUUUAUAUAUUUAUAUAAAGGUGGGUAUACGUGCAUUCACAAGCCAUGCAUUUAUAUACACGCGUCGUCUAAAUUUUAAAGCAAAAUCUAUUGGGUAGAACCCCCUUUUCAAUCAUUAGGGGUUUUUUCUCAUUUAUAAAGAAAAAACAAAAGAAUGAUGUGCUGCUACAGGUAACGAAAAUAAUAACCAUUUAUAAACAGUC